GCGUGAGCGUGCGCGGGCGCGUCGGCCGGCAAGGGAGCAGCAAACGGCCGGCGGCGGGCGGCGGGCGCCGCGCGGGGGGCGGGCGGCGCGGAGGAGGCGGCAGUGGCCAUGGCCGAGGCGUCGCCGCAGCCCGGACGGUACUUCUGCCACUGCUGCUCGGUCGAGAUCGUGCCGCGCCUGCCGGAUUACACCUGCCCCAGAUGCGAGUCUGGUUUUAUUGAAGAGCUUCCCGAAGAGACCAGGAGUACAGAGAAUGGUUCCGCCCCCUCCACAGCCCCCACGGACCAGAGCAGGCCACCGUUUGAGAACGCGGACCAGCACCUGUUCACACUGCCACAGGGCUACGGGCAGUUUGCUUUCGGCAUCUUUGACGACAGCUUCGAGAUCCCCACGUUCCCCCCUGGGGUGCAGGCCGACGAGGGCAGGGACCCUGAGAGCCGUCGGGAGAGAGAGCAGCACUCCCGGCACCGGUAUGGCGCCCGGCAGCCUCGCGCCCGCCUCACUGCACGACGGGCCACCGGCCGGCACGAAGGCGUCCCCACGCUGGAAGGGAUCAUCCAGCAGCUGGUCAAUGGCAUCAUCACUCCUGCCAGCAUCCCCAGCCUGGGCCUGGGCCCCUGGGGUGUCCUGCACUCAAACCCGAUGGACUACGCCUGGGGGGCCAACGGCCUGGAUGCCAUCAUCACGCAGCUCCUCAAUCAGUUUGAAAACGGGCCCCCCCCAGCAGACAAAGAGAAGAUCCAGGCCCUCCCCACCGUCCCCGUCACCGAGGAACACGUAGGCUCCGGGCUGGAGUGUCCCGUGUGCAAGGACGACUACGGGCUGGGAGAGCGCGUGCGGCAGCUGCCCUGCAGUCACCUCUUCCACGACGGCUGCAUCGUUCCCUGGCUGCAGCAGCACGACAGCUGCCCUGUGUGCCGGAAGAGCCUCACCGGACAGAACACGGCCACCAACCCCCCGGGCCUGAGCGGCGUGAGCUUCUCGUCCUCGUCGUCCUCGUCGUCCUCGAGCUCGCCAAGCAACGAAAACCCAGCGGGCAACUCGUGAGCGCGCCGGCCGGCCUCCAGAGAGGGCACAGGACCUGGGCCUUGCCAGGCCCGGCGGGGCGGGGCAGGGGGCGGCCUGGCGGGGCUGGAGCCUGGAGGUACCCCCGCCUGCCUCCACCCCCGCACCACCCCUGCGCCCGCCAUCGCCGGCCGAGCCUCGAGGACCGCAGCCCCCCCCCCCCCCCCCCCCCCCCCGGGCCGGAGCAGGCUCAGCCCUCCCCGCGGAGUGUGUCGCGCAGGAGCCUGGGCACGCGUCGACCCCCCCACCCGUUUGUCUCUAACCUCACCCCUACACAUUCGACGGCGGAAAGGUUUUUAUAAUUUUAAAUUAUUACUGCUUUGAAAUAAAUGGACGUUUAGCUCA